CCAACACUAGCAAAAUUGUUUUCAUUUUUUAGUCAACAAAGAAUAUUGUAUAAAUAAUUAAAGUAUAAAUAUAAUUAAUCUUUAUCAAAAUAUGUUAAGUUCAAUGGUAAAAGAGCAUCAUGCUAGACAAGCUAAACGUAAGCAGGAGCAAGAAGUACGACGUAAAGAAGCAAUUGAAGCAUCUAAUGAGGUAACGCAAGCAUUAGUAGAUCAUCUUAAUGUCGGCGUUGCUCAGGCAUAUUUAAAUCAAAAAAGACUGGAUGCUGAAGCGAAACAAUUGCAUGUCGGUGCCACCAAUUUUGCUAAACAAACACAACAAUGGUUGAAUUUAAUUGACAAUUUCAGUAGUGCUUUAAAAGAACUUGGUGAUGUUGAAAAUUGGGCACGUAGCAUUGAGGAUGAUAUGAAAAUUGUUCAGGGCACCUUGGAAAUAGCAUAUAAAACUUCAAGGCAAAUACAAAACCCAAAAAGUAGCUGAGCUCUUUAUUCUCCUGAUUUACAUGAUAUGUAAUUAACAUAUAACUAUAAGAUUCCAAAUAUAUCUGAUCUUCAGUACGUUGUGGUAAUAAUAAAUUUUAAGACAGUUAAACUACACUUAAUUAUAUUUAUUAGAAUUGAUACGCUAUACCUAUGCUAAAGAUAAUUUUAUAUUAUAUAAAGUACCAGUUUUGUAUAUUUAAUCAACUAAUUUUAAACACUAUCUAUUGGAAAUAACUCAAUAAAAAUAUGGAAACGUACUAAUUCAUAGAAAUCAUGUUAAACUUUAUAAAUUUUAUUUAUAAUUAUAAUUUAUAA